ACGCUCUCCACUCCCCUGUCCUUACUGUCCUUCUGGGUAGUUUAGGUCUUUGUGGCAUCCUGACCUUCAUUCCAAUUGCGCCCACUGGUGCCUUUUCUUUGUUUCUCUCUUCCUUUCUUCUUCUUCCUCUCCCCUCCCCUCCUCUCCGGCUAAACGUCAAUCUACCCCCUCGCCGUCGAUUAUCACCGCCCAUUCAUCUCAACAUAUGCACGCCCUCUAAUCCUUUCUGCUUGUUUUGGUCCUGAUACACUGAUACCGUCUGUGCUCGUGUACGUUCGCCAACCCUCCAGAGACAAAUGCGCAUCGGGAUUCAGUGUCCCGUCCACUCGUUCGUAGUCUUAUUUACCUCUUGAUACCCAUAGCGCAUAAUUCGUCGCUCAUUUUCGCUUUUGUCACGGAGCCAGUCAUUACCAAGAGCCGGGGUGGAUUAAUAUCUAAUUAACACAGCUACAGUCUGCUGGUACAUCAUCUGGAUGGAAUCCCGGAUGGUAGCUUUUUGAUCGGUUGUGCACCAAGGGCUUAGGGAUAUACCUGUCCACCAGCGCGCAUUAUCGAUACCAUUUGCGACGCGACCAGGGUUCAAAAAAGAAGCACUCUCAAGGCUAUUGAAGGGUGAAUUAGGGCUCGCUCUUCCAUCAACAAACCCCCAAAUUCGUGUGGGGAUCAACAGCGGUUACGGAUCACCCACAGCAACAAUCAAUACAAACGUAUUGCAAGAUGUCGGACAACCCAAUGAGCCAAUCGGCGCGAGAAACUCCUCAUAUUCGACUCAAUUCCGGCCAGCAUGAUCCAUUUAGUGAUCCAGAGGAGACUUGCCCACCGGUCCCUAGUCAUGUGGGCAUUGGACGGGCCUUGACACCUGACAUGUCGAAUUCAACGUCGACGGGGACAUUUAUGACCAUGCAGACUGGGAUGGGAUCACCGACCCCACAGGACUCAACAGAUUUCCUGUUACCGCCGCGACCACAGAGGCACCGGGAACAGUAUGACGGGUUUCAAUCUCCGGAUUUGUCUGCGCAAUCGUCAAGACGGACAAGUUGGAGCUCGGAAGGUGGGAGUGAGAGCAGAGGCUACUUCUACCCCCGCUAUGAGGACAUGAGAUCUCCUUCUCACGGAGAGGGUGAUGGGGAAGAUGUGAAUACACAAACAGUUACGGAGAAGUUCAACAUCAUGCCGUCAGAAGGUCUACUUUUAUUCCCAGAGGAUGUGGAGAAGGACGAUUAUUUGCACAACCCGGAUCCAAACGACAAAGAACGAGAUUGUGACAUUUGGAACCGACGAGGGAUAGUUAACGGUGGAGGUUUAGUCUUGUUGACCCUGGGUCUCCUGAUGCUGUUCAUUGGGUACCCUGUUCUUACUGCUGUUCGAGGGCUGCAAAAACCAUCAGGCUCUGUCUGUGAAGCUGGGGACACAUUAUGUCUUGAUGUGGGAGAGAGAGGCAUACUUACAAAUUUGCGGACCGGGUUGAUAGACCCGGACACUCCGGCCUCAGCAAUGACGAAGAAGUCGGCUGAUGGCAAGGAAUGGAAGCUGGUGUUCUCGGACGAGUUCAAUACGCCGGGCCGGACGUUUUAUGACGGUGACGAUGCCUUUCUUCAGGCGGUUGAUAUCUGGUACGGUGUGACGCAGGAUCUCGAGUGGUACGACCCUGAUGCAGUUACUACGAAAGAUGGUGUAUUGGAGCUUCGGUUCGAUGCAUUCCCGAAUCAUGAAAUGAAGUAUAGAUCUGGCAUGGUUCAGAGUUGGAAUAAGUUGUGUUUCACUGGCGGUCGUUUGGAAGCAAGCAUAUCCCUGCCAGGAAACGGUGAAGUCUCCGGUUUCUGGCCUGGUUUCUGGGCAAUGGGCAACCUAGGGCGCCCGGGCUAUGCCGCCACCACGGAAGGGAUGUGGCCGUACAGCUACUAUGAUGGGUGCGAUGCUGGUAUCACGCCGAAUCAAAGUUCUACAGAUGGUCUAAGUUGGUUACCUGGAAUGCGUCUACCUGCAUGCGCCUGCAGCAAUGCAGAACAUCCUACCCCUGGUAAAUCACGGAGCGCGCCGGAAAUCGAUGUGAUUGAAGCUAGCGUUGCUGCUCUAAACGGUGAUGCGGCGACGAUGGUAGGGUCGGUUUCUCAAAGUCUGCAGAUGGCCCCGUUCGAUAUUUGGUAUAUGCCUGAUUACGAAUACGCAGCUGUAUACGAUCCCAAGAUCACAGAGAUUAACACCUAUCGUGGCGGGCCCUAUCAACAGGCCAUGUCUGGGCUCAGCAACCUCAAUAAUGACUGGUAUAACGGAACACAGUACCAGGUCUACGCCUUCGACUACACACCCGGCGCCCGUGGCAAUAUCACCUGGUAUGUCGGUGAGGAUAAGACAUGGACUCUCGACGGUAGAGCCCUCGGGCCCAACGGCAACAUUGGCCAGCGGAUAAUUCCUAUGGAACCGAUGUCUAUUAUCAUGAACUUGGGUAUGGCAUACAGUUUUGCUCCGAUUGAUGAUAACAUCAGGAAAUUUUUGCCUGGGUACAUGCGUUUCGAUUACCUCCGGGUCUACCAGGAUCCAGACAACAUCAGCCUUACCUGUGACCCACCGGGCUAUGAAACAACGGAGUAUAUCGCAAAACACCCCAAGGCGUACGAAAACGUCAACAAAACUACAUGGUCUGAUGCUGGAUAUGACUGGCCCAAAAACUCAUUCAUGCAUGAAUGCUGAGUCGUGCCGUUUCCCCCUACCAGCAAUUGAAUCCCUUCAGCUCCCGAGACUUCUGCCCGAAACAUCUUCAAAACCUUUUGGGUACAUAGCUGGCCUCUUUUGUACCAACCUUGUAUCACCACUGUCUCGAUGGUGAAUUCUACCACGUUCACUUAUAUCCCACCUUGCUAAACGGCGUCUUUGGAACCUCACCAGUCGUUUUAGCGGCAUUGUGCUUUGGCGUUCGGCGGGCAUUAUGAUUUCCAUUCUGCAAAGAGCUGCCCGACCUGGACUUGGUCGCAUUCGUGUGCGCGCCCAGCUCGAUUUGACGGCCGCAUGUCGGGCGUAUUUUUUUUUGUCUUCUUCACUCUGCAUGCUGGCAUUUACAUGUGUAUUAUCGCUGUCAUCUUCUGUCUGUAUACCUUUCGAUAUUUCCCUCCUUCCCAACUUUUCCUUGUCUGUUAACAAAUCUUGUGGGGGCUCGAGUCAUUGCGCUCUUUUUAUUCUUAUGAUAGAACACGUUGUCCGACGAUUCAUGGACCGUCUUCUUACCGACGAAAACGAGGCUGUGGUAUGUACGAAAUCUAGGGCGCAGAAAAGCGCUUCGCAUUUGAGAAAAAUAGUCAUGUUGAGGUUCCUCAUUCUCGCAUUGGUUAUGAAAAUAGAGGCAUAAUAUGA